AUGGAUUCCAAGUCUUCCCCCACCUCCACCGCCUCCCUUGUCGAACCCAAGUCCCCGGAGGCGGCCCCGAAGAAAUCCCUCUACCAGCGCUACCAGGACGCCAAGACCGGCCGCAACAGGCCGCCAGUCUCGGACGCGGAGCUGAAGAAGUACACGGGCAAGACGCGCGACGAGAUCGUCGACUGGGCCCGCGACAGGCCUCAUGUGGCUGGGAACCGGCUUGCCGGCAGCAUCGACGUCGGGCCUGCGUCUGGGCUCGGCGGCACGGCUGCCGGUGAUGGAUUUGGCGGGUGGGGGCCGGGUGCUUCUGCGGAACUGAAGUUUCCCCCUCAGCAGAAAAAGGAGGGUGAGAAGGAGCUAUAG